UCAUAUGACGCUCAACAAGCACCCAACUUUAUUGCUUUAAGUCCGCUAACUGGUUCCUAUGUCAUUAUUCGUAAUUAUGUCGAGGGCGACUUGCGUGACCUGAUACAAAAGACGCGAGAUUUGGCGAAUUAGAGAAUAGCUUUUUCACUCUGAAAGGAUGAAAAAGACAAAAGGUCGCUUGUGUUUGGUGCAGAUGUGGCUCCUCGCCGCCAUCAGCGAGCUCUAUGCAGAUCAAAUUGACUUGCUGCAGCAACAAGUCCAGACUCUGACUACACAGGCAAGACUUUCAGACGUGCUUAUCAAACAGCUGCUCGAAAAAGUGGACAACGCAGUGGAGGAGUUGAAGGCAAUGAAGCAACAGUGGUCUGCGGCAAACCACAUCAACGACGACGCACUCACCCUGUCAGAAAAACAGGCAAACGUUUCCAAAGUUUCGAAAACGGAUAACAGGAUCGAGCAGUUGGAGCAGCAAGUGUCUACUUUUGCAAGGGAGAAAACCGAAUUGGCAAAAAUGCUACGUCAGGCAAUUGAAGUAAUCGACUCGCUGAAAGGAAAAAGUGGAAACGCAAGUACUGUCUGUCAGGAGCAACUCGGAACACGCCAAGAAAAAUUUUUUAAAUUCAACUUUACGGUGAAAUGCUCCCUCGCAGGCGCACAAUCAGAAAAUUUGACGCGGUUGUCCAACGGAAAGAAAUAUUUCUUUUCUGAUCCAAUUCAAGGAAACUGGACUUUUGCCGAUGAAUAUUGCAAGGGGAUGGGCCUUCACCUGGCCACAAUCAGGGACCAAGCCGACCUGGAUGAGACCUGGUCACGCUUUCAAUCUUCAUUUUCCUAUCCGGUUUAUUGGUGGUUGUCGGCCAAGAAUUACGGAAGUGGCAAAAAAUCCGACUUCCGCUGGCACGACGGCUCAAAGCUGCCACUAAUGAGCAACCUGUGGAGGGAAAAUGCUAAAAAACUCAAGGGCUGCGUGUAUUCUUCGAAUGGCGGCACCCAAAACUUGAACGACGGUUCAUGCAGUUUGAAUAUGUAUUUUAUUUGUGAACUUCCGAGCGAGUGUUACUGACCUGCGAUUUUCCCUUAAAUAGGAACCACGCGCGUGCAAUUAUAAUAAUAAUAUUCUCAUUUUUAAACAAAAUCCCCAAUUUUCAAAGAAAUAGUUAAAAGAAUCGUGUAUAAUCAAUUAAGUCAAUUUUUUCCUAAAACUUUUAGAAAUUUCGAUUGAAUAUUGUCUCAUUUUUUGUCAUCUGCGUCGCAAAGGCAAAUUAAAAAUCGUGAACUUGCGUUUUUGUUUACGCAAGUUAAUUACAGAGAUAGAAACGCAAAAAGCACUAAAUCAAUUUGAAAUGUUGGCUAAGAGUAUUUUUCAGUUUUCCUGUUCACAGGGUUUUUUAUUGCGAGCUAGCAAAUCUUCUGCAAACAAAUUUUAUUUAGUUUCAUUGGAAAAAUAGUAGUAUCAAAUCUUAAUUUAUAUUAUUAGUACUGAUUGAUAAUUAUAACUAUAGCCUCUAUAACAUAUUAUAAUCGUUAUAAAUCUAUAAGUUAUACUGUGAAUAAAUUUUCUCAUGUAGAGUAGUUUCUAAUUUGU